AACAAACUGACGAUCACUUCAUUAGAAAUUAGAAGUGUUUGUGCUACGUUUUUUUAAACAUUAGAUAACUUUAAAAUGAAACUUGAACAUUUCACUUGCGUUUUAGAUCCUGAAACAAAAACAACAUUAAAAAUAUACCUUUACAAAAAUGUGCAAAACAUCGAGGAAAUUAGGAAUCUAGUUACAAACGGCGAGUGGAACUGUGCAAUUAUUAAGCCUAGCUUGAUCUUAGAUCCAUUUCAAGUGGCUGUGGCGGCGAACAGAGCAGUUGUCGCAGCGAAAUUGAGUACAAUGGUUACGCGAACUGUGUUCGGAGAAAUUUUGUACAAUUUAUCGCUUACCAAAAAUAUAACACAAAGUUUAAGCAAGUUUGGAAUAGAAAAAAGCCAUGAUUUACUCGUAUGCUUCUUAGUUACAAAUGAAAUAGAUUGCAGACCUGAAAUACUUCCCGAAAUAAAAGGUGAACAGUGUUCUAUUACAGAACUAUGCAAUUUUACAAAUCUGAAAGAUGUAAAAUCUGUAUACAAACUAAAUAACCUCAAAAGUGACGAAGGAUUACUAGAUAUAAUUGUAAGCAGAAUGACAACAAAAAAUUUUGUUUCUUAUUAAAAUUAAGUCAUGCAGUUCUUACUACCUACACCCAGUUACACGCACAUUAUAUGUAAUUCAGAACUAAUGAAAUGCCUUUACCUAGGCUGUACUAGUCAAUUUGCAGAUUUGGAUGUAUAUAUAAUUAUUAAUAGACAUCCAGCACUCUCCAGUCAUGUUAUUUACCAUGAUAAACAGUAUUCUAUGUAUUAAUCCAUUAUAUAGUCUCUGUGUGCAAUUUCAUCCAAAUCUGUUCAGUUAUUUUUGUGUAACCCAAUUACAUAUUUAAAACUCAUAUUUAUAACAGGAGAUUCUCAUGCCUCUAAUAAAACUAAAUCUGGAUACUCUUUGAUGAUCCUUAAGACAAGCUAAGCUGAAUAGCCUAAGCUAUAGGGCAAUAAAUAAAUGAAUAAAAAUGUCCACUGAAACAUUCAGUGAAACCAAAAAACAAUAUAAUAAUACUAAGAGGUAGCAUAUUCUCUUAGUUUCAAGGAUCUAUAGGUGACGUCUAUGAACUCUGUAACCCCAUAACACUAUUCCAGACCUUGUGCCUUAACUAUAAAAAUAUAACUAAAUAAAACAAUAGAAUUUA